AAUUAUCCUAAUAUUUUAUGGUGUAAAUAUCAACUAAUUCUGUUGGAAAUGUUCCAAAUAUUAUAAUUUAUUUAUUAUACUAUCGUUCCCUUGUAUUAGUCAGCGUUUUGCGCUGUCUAUCGGGAUUACUUUUGUUUGUUAUCGAGUGUGAAUAAAUUUGGUUUAUAAAGUGUGAGAGUAUUUUUGCAAUGGAGACAUUGCAAAUGGGCGAGGAAUUGUCAGGAGAUGUGGAUGAUAACAACAUAAAAGAUGAAAAAGAGCCACAUUCAUAUAACGGUUACGAGAAUGGAAGAUUUAAUAUACAAUUAUUGGAUUUUUCUGAUGAUGUCUUGCUUAUCAUUUUGAGGAAUCUAUCACCUAGUGAUCUGAAGGCACUUGGCUUUACAUGUAUGAGGUUUGCUAGUUUGGUACUAGAAAGAUCUUUAUGGCGUAAAGUGGAUGCUAGAGGACAGCCGUGUGGUACUGCAAGGUUUAAAUGGCUGCUGAAUGCGAUACACAGGGAUACAACUAGUCUUAUGUUAACGGGAUAUGCUGGACAGAAUGAUGGUUGUUGGGGUCAUUAUGUUCCUAAACCGGGAGAAGAGGAGCCAAAAGAUGGGACAGUAGUCGAACCCGCUGUUCCCAGGAUACAUGAAAUGCAAUUCUGUGCAAGGAAUCGUUACAGACGACAACAUGCUCUGUUUCAUAUUCAAGCUAGACAGUUGCCGAGGGUUGUAAGUACACCAUCUUGGCCUGAUGAGCCCAGGAAUGAAGCCUGGGAGUUAGUCGCUGAGGACUUCAUCCCGGCUGAGAAGGAUCAGAAGCCCGGCAAGUGUACUGGUCCUCGGUUCACAUUCACCGGAGCUAUGUACUUUAAACUGAUAGAGAAAUGUCCUAAACUUACUACACUCAUACUGGAGUACUGUAAUAUUAAUUGUAGAACUAUACAACUAAGUCAUUUACCUCCAACAUUAAAGACAUUGUCGUUGAAAGGAGCUAAAUGUUUCAAUUUAUUAAUGGAUAGAUCAUUUUUGUUCAAGAUACAAGAUGCUUUGCCUUAUUUAGAGACAUUAGACUUUAGUGAAUGUGACUGGCUAGAUCCUUCAUCUUUUCUACCUCUGAGUAAGUUACGUGCACUCACCCGGCUGCGCUUGCGAGACUGUCCUCGACUUUCAGAAUUUGUGGCAUACAGCUCUUUAGCAUCUAGAUAUGGAUUUCGUGUUUUACAGGAAUUGGAUCUGCGCGGAUGUCCAGUUGGUGACUCUGAGGUGUCAUCUCUGUCAUGGCUGCCGGAGUUGCGAGUGCUGCAGCUGGCCUCGCACCGACCAGCCAGCGCGCCGGGACACAGACAUCACAGGCUGGCUAGAGCACCCAGCGCUGUCACACUACAACAAUGGGAGAUUGAGGAACCAGAGUUCUUUAAGCAGAAAUAUUUAGUGGAACGAGAAACGGAUGGCGCGGAACUGAAGGACUAUGUUGAUCCUUAUACAUACACAGACAGCGAUUCAGAUGAUAUAGAAACGGAUGAGAACUGUACAGCAUUUUUAACAAAGAAGAGACAAGACAAAGAAAAGAAGACUAAAAAGAGAAAACAAGAAGAUGGUAGUGGGGACGCGGAUGUGAACAGAGAUGCUCCAUCCUGUUCUAAAUCAAGGAAAACAGAUGACACGAAAGAUGGUGAUAAAAAGAAAGAUAGAAAGAAAGGUAAAGGCAAGACGAGUAAAAAAGAUAGCGACUCCGAUUCAGAUGAUAGUAAUACAGAAGUUGUUCCAAAUGGUAGUAAAGAAGAAUCACCGAAAGAAGAACAUAAAGUCAAUGGUAAAAGAAAGAGUAAGAGGAUAGAAGCUAGAGAGAAGAAGGAGAGAGACUCUGAAGGGAAAGAAGUGAACGAUGGUGCGAGUACUUCUUGGGAGAGAUCUAGACAUGUGAGAGGUUUUAUAUGUCUAAGAAGAAAUAGAGAUCCAGAGGAAGAUGAAAAUCCAGUUCACAGAGCGGUCUAUGUCAAUUUUAAUGCACCAGCAAAUGUUGAAUCUAGACCGAAUAAUUUUCCAUCUGUUUUUUCAGAUCAAAUAACGUUUUUAAAUCCACCCGGUAGAUUGCAGACUGUGGCAUUAGUAACUGAUUCUUCUGUUAGACAGUUUGGUAGAGCUGAUGGUGAAAACAUAACGUAUGUUAACUUUGGUCCUAACGGUCCUGUUAGAUUUGAAGGUGUCUCUCCAGCUAGACCAGCUCGGUCUAAUUUAAGAUCUCUGUCUAUGGUCGGUUAUACUAAUAUAACUGAUAGGAGUUUAGUACAUUUGGCGACUGCUGCGCCAUUUUUGGAAUUCAUAGAUUUUCGUGGCACUAGAGUGACUGCGGAAGGUGUACAAAAUUUUCUGUUAGAACGACCUGAUUGUAAGGUGUUGUAUGGUAAAGUUGAAGAUUGAAUGUCCCUCAGUAUAGAUUUCAUUAUAGUUAAGUGUUUGAUUGUACUCAGAGUGAGAUAAUUGGUUAGUCUACACAAAACAUUUUAAGUAGGAGCCAUUCGUAAAUUACGUCACAUGUUAAGGGGGAAACAACGAUCAGUGACGAAGAGUGGGGAGAGAUCCUAAAUCCUUACUAAUAUUAUAAAUGCGAAAGUAACUUUGUCUGUUUGUCUCGCUUU